GGGUGUUACAAGGCUAUCACAUUCAUGAAGAAGAAAUCUAAGGAAGGACAGGACGUUCAGAUCAGCCUCCUCAAGAACCAUCAGCCCGGUUGCAGGUGCAUUUCUAUUCUCGGGGAACGUCGGUCCAGCAUCCCGGCGAAGCCUCCGCCAGACGCGAAGCACCCCGUCGUUAUGGCUCUCAGCUCCUCGACUACGCUCCUCAGAUGUACCCGCAGGCUCGCCAGCAAUGCGUGGAAUGCCAUGCUUUCGGCGCAAGGUUCAACUGCGGUCCGUCAGAAGAGCACCAUCCAGUACGCGACGCGUCCUGACCUCCCGCGGCUGGCGUACCGUAAGAUUGCGGGCAAGAGUCCGGGCGUUCUCUUCCUGCCCGGCUUCGCCUCCAACAUGGGCGGCCAGAAGGCAGAGGCUCUCGAGGAGUUCUGCCAGUCGCUUGGACACGCCUACUUACGGUUUGACUACACAGGCUGUGGUUCGUCGGAGGGCAACAUGGCAGAGUGUACCUUGGGAACCUGGAAGAAAGACGUGCUGUACGUACUGGACGAGCUGGUGGAUGGACCGCAGAUUCUGGUUGGUUCCAGCAUGGGGGCAUGGCUCAUGCUGCUGGCGUCCCUGGCCCGCCCCGAGAAGGUCGCCGCCCUGGUGGGAAUCUCCACCGCUGCAGACCACACUGUCACCGCCUUCAACGCACUGCCUAUAGAGGCAAAGAAGGAGAUCGAGGAGAAGGGUGAGUGGACUGUGCCCAAUCGGCACGCAGAAGGGGGUCAUGUGACGCUGAGCCUGGACUUCCUGAAGGAGGCGGAGAAUCACCGCGUGCUGCAGAGUCCGCUGCCGCUGGCCUGCCCGGUCCGCCUCAUCCACGGCCUCAAGGACGCCGACGUGCCCUGGCACAUCUCCAUGCAGGUUGCUGAGCGUGUGUUAAGCAAUGACGUAGAUGUCAUCUUACGGAAACACGGACAGCAUCGCAUGACGGAGAAAGAUGACAUCAAACUCAUCGUCUACACUAUCGAUGACCUCAUUGAUAAACUCACAACGAUGGGGUGACUGAUCGAGCAGAGGCGCGGUGUACACCAAUGACCCUCAAAAGACUCUAGCUUGCAGCAACACACACACACACACUCUCAGAGACUGUUCUCAGAGCUGCCUGUAGACCAGAUGCCCACAUGCUUUGCUUCUGACACACUAGAUUAUUCCAUGCACACAGUAUAACAGUGUGGAUGACCAAGGACACACACUCACACUCCCAUUCUGAGGAUGACCUAGGACACACACACACACACACACACACACACACACACACACUCCCAUUCUGAGUAUUGCUCUCAGUCUCCUUUUCUAUUGGCACCAGGAUGGGGAUUCGUCUCUAGCCUUUUUUUACUGUUUUUUUUUAUUUGUUUAGUCGCAUGUUGCCAUGGUGAAGUUCAGCGUUCAUACAGACCCACUAACCCUACGGCUUGUGCAGGGAAAUCAUUUUGUUUGUUUUUUCCCUAGUCUUUCUGGGACGUACGUGGGGAUUGUGCGAUAAGUAAGUGUGUGUGUGUGUGUGUGUGAAACAUAGAAUGGGAAUGUCAGUGUGACACUAUUUGUGUGCUUGAAAAUGGUAGCAUGGCGGAGCAUGGCAAGCAUUUGAAUAGUUUAUCUUGGUGAGUGUGUGUAUGUUGGAAAGAGGCAAAGAUUUUAAAGACUACUGGUUACAAGGUUAUUAGGCAUGUAUGUACAAAAUGUCAAAUGCUUUCUCUUAGUACAGCGCACUACUGCUAUGUAAUAUCUGUGUGAAUGUAUGUUCACGCCUGUGUGUGUGUGUGUGUGUGUGAGCGUGUAGGCUAUGCGUGUGUGUGUGUGUGUGUGUGUAGGCUGUGUGUGUAUGCAUGCAUGCAUGCAUGGUUAUGUGUGUGCAUGUCUGUGUGUGCAUGGCUGUGUGUGCGUGCGUGGGUGUGUGCGUGCAUGCAUGUGUGGGAGACAGAUUUGAUCUGAUUGGUAAACCUAAUCAAUCUCAUUUGCCUCUAGUUUUAGGACCUGAGUGUGUGUGCUUGUGAUGGGGAGAGAGUCAGCGAUCAACAGCAUUGAUUUGAACUGUGUGUGUGUGUGUGAGUGAAACCGACUGACCUCAUUUUCAUUUCUGACUGAACAGUUUUGUGUGUGUGAGUGCUUUCUCACUUAACUGUUCAGUUUUGUCUGUGUGUGUGUGUGUGAGUGAAACCGACUGACCUCAUUUUCAUUUCUGACUGAACAGUUUUGUGUGUGUGAGUGCUUUCUCACUGAACUGUUCAGUUUUGUCUGUGUGUGUGUGUGUGUGUGUGUGUGUGUGUGUGUAUUCUCUGAAUGGGCUGUCUGUACUUCUCUAACUUUAUUUGUGAGUUUGUAAUUAUUAUCUCGGUAGUCCUCUGUGUGUAUUUGGAGUGAGACUGAGUUAUUAAUUAAAAUUGUGUGUGUGUGUGGGAAGUAUGUAUAAGUCCAGAAUUUCCCUAUCCGGUAUAUUGGACAGGAACUCAAGCUUUUAUAUUUAAUUUGUCAUCAUAUUUUGUAAUGUAAGAUUUGCUAAUAAAUUAUUUUUUUCUUUUGGUUCAGUGAAAAUGAAAAUGUUUGGUUUCUGCUUGUGUGUGAGUGUCUGUGUGUCUGUGUGUGUGUUUGAUUGAGGUAUGUUGUGUAUUGUAUUACUUAUGUCUAUGAUAUAGAUGAUUUCUUCUCAUAAACUACUGAGCAGUA